CCCUCCAGCGGCUAAGUUGUGUAUAACUUGUCUAAAUCAAACAGAUGGUGUCAAACAUCAGCUAAGCUAACACGUACCAGGCUUCAAAUUUUCCUUCGACGCUUCGCAGUUUAGCGCAGCGCCUCUUCUUUUCCCGCCAUAAGUGUCUCUGAGAGUCGCAGCCCUGCAUUCCAAAAAGGAAGACGAGUACUUCACCAUGAGCUCAGAUGAUGGUGACCUGGAGAACCAGGCUGAGCUGGAGGAGAAGACCAGGCUCAUCAACCAGGUGCUGGAGCUCCAGCACACCUUGGAGGACCUGUCUGCCCGGGUGGAUGCAGUGAAGGAGGAGAACCUGAAGUUGAAGUCGGAGAACCAGGUUCUGGGCCAGUACAUCGAGAACCUCAUGUCUGCCUCUAGUGUCUUCCAGACGACCGACACCAAGAGUAAACGGAAGUAGGCAGAACUUCUGACAUCACUGAGCCAAGUUGGACCCGGAAAGGUCGCAGCGUCUGGCCUCAUGGACUCUUUAAUAACAGCUAGUCUGGGACAUAAAGCCAAGCCUGAAUGUAAAUAUUGGUAUUUAUCUUCACUUGACCACUAGGGGACAGUGUUGCUGUGUUUCGAUAGGUUCUGGAGAGGAGUCAGCCAGAGGAUCAGCAGGGGAUUGGACGAAUCAUGUUAUGAUGUAACGAGCUGUCAUUUCUCAGAAUUUUAGUUUACAUGACUUUUUUUUUCCUAGCAUAGAUUUCAAAACAAAGUUUGAUCAAUUUACACAAUUAUGCGAACGUUUUUUCAAACACAGGUGGAAUUUAGGAAAUCCAAUCCAUUUUUAAUACCUGAAGCACUCAAAUUGUAAAUACUGCGUUAUAACCAAGAUAAUGACAUCACUCAGGUAAACUACACAUUUGCUACAAAAUUUAGUUACGAAGCAGAAAAAAGAAGGGAUAAAAAUAAACCUGUCAUCUUUAUGGCUGCUUUCAAAAAUCUGCAGAGUUCAUCUCAUAUGGGCUGCAACUAAUGGCUAUUUUAGUAACCAAUUAAUCUAUCAAUUAUUCUGAUGAUUAAUCAGACAAAAAAUUGGCACAUUCUACAGAUUUUUCAUUUAAUCAUUCAAGCCUUUUUAUACAUUAAGAGACAAUUAAACAAUUCAAUUCAUUUAAAAAUAACUUUAUUGCCACAGAUGCAGUGCAGUAGCAUUCCUUUAAAUCUGAACCCGGUUGAAGCUAAAACACUUGAGUUUUGUCUAAACAUUUAUAAUGGUGCUUUUAUCUUAAAUUUAAAAUGUAUACAUAUUGUACAGCACGUUGUUUUAAUAGCCAUAUUCACUUUUUUGAGUCUGUAACUUCUAGUUAACAAUUAGUUGACAAUUAUUUCAAUUAAUCACAAUCAGUCCAAUUAAUUGUUUCAGUCCUAGAGAGAUAUCAAUGGCAGAAAAUCAAAUGACGAUGCUGCGUGGCUGCUGAAGGUGAGUGCAGCCGGACAGCCUGUUUUCUUCAUGCUGUCUGAUCAGAGCGGCUCGGUCCGUUGGUUCCACGGUACCAGCUGCUCGCUCUGAAAGCACACAGCCUGAGAUCUGCCCACAUCAUCCUGACGGUCUGCAGAGCGCUGCGGCUCCAGUGUUUGGAGGCGCAGGUGGCCGGAAAGGAGAGAGACGGUUUAUCUGCUGGUUUCUCCACUCUGCUGCCGGACACCAGCAGAGACAACACUGCCCCCUGGUGGUCGCGCAUUCCAUUACGUCCUGUUGUCUGAAACAUGGAGCCUCUGUCCGUGUUCAGGAACCGUCAGUGAGCAGUGACGUGCGGUGAGGUUCAUAGCUGGUGAGGCACUGACGUCAUCAGAAUCAGAUUUGCAAAUAGAUGCAUAGA